GUAAGUCUUAGAUUGAGUCAAUAGGUUGUCAGUCAGGGGUCAGAGUCUACGUGGUGAGGUCUGGAACCACUAACCCGGUUGUACACUUAUCACCAUGGUUGGGACCCGUAGUGGGUUAGAGACUAGCCCCUAUAGCAAGGAGCAGCAAGAAAAGAUGGCCGCCUUAGUUAAAGAAAAUAAGGAGAGGAAAGAGCGUGAGAAGCAGGCAAAGCUAAAGGCUAUCGCAGACGAGCGGGCGCCGAAGAUGAAGGAAGUGGAGGAGGAGAUGAAGAAAAAGGAGAAGGCUGCUGAAGAAGAAGUGGCAGCAGAGGAAGAAAAAGAAAGAAUGAGGAUUGAGAGCAGAGAGGGGAGUAGUGGCACGGAAAAGGACACAGACGCUGAGAUUGAGAAGAAGAUCAGCGAGUGGGUUGCUAAUUUAUCGUUGGGGGAAGACGAGGAGGCGGAGUCAUAUGUGAAUGAGGAUGAGAAGGCCGCACUGGCCGCUGAGCUAGCAGCCAUGACGGACCCGAUGGAACGAAGAGAGAGGGAAGACGAGCAGAAGUUGCAAUGGAAGUUGAGAAUGAAGAGGGAGAAAAGAAGGAGGAGAGAAGAAGUGAAUAAGAUGACCGCAGCAGUGACAAAGGUGCAGGAGUGUAGAGCGGAGGUGCUAGCCCAGCCAGAUGAUAAGGCCAAGUGGGACAAGGUACUGGGGGACCUAGAGGUGUUGAGCAAGGCCUGGAUGGAGGAGCGCCAGACAAGUUGGAGCCAGGAUGUAGCGUUGAGUGCCAUGCGGUUUGGUUUCAGGGAUUUUGCGCGCAAAAUCGUCACCCACAUUGGGGGCGAAGUCAAACAGUUGAGGCACAAUGUAGGAAAGUUUUGUGAAGGCGCCAUUGAAGGUGCAAAAGCCAUAGCCACUGUAGAUAGCGAGGCUAGACCCCGUAAGGAGCCUGUCAAGCUCAAGUUCCCAGACGCGUACGGGGGAAAGAAGGAGGAGAACUUUGAUAACUGGGAGGCCAGUGUCAACAGUUACAUUUAUUUACAGCAUAUCCUGAUAGAGGAACAAGUCCUAGUGGCCUUCCAGACCCUGAAGGACGAAGCGGCUAGCUUCGCCAGGUCCCUUGCGCGCGCAGCCGGUUGUGAAAACAACCUGGUUGCAUAUUCCAAAGUCAACCCCCUCUCUCAGUUCCUCAAGCUCCUUAAGGAGCGAUUUGCUGACCAAACGCAAGGCGUCAGAGCCUCAGAUAAGUUGCAAACAAUCCACUCACGGCAAUGGAGGAGUGUCAAGGCACUCAAGGGUACCAUGGACGACUUGGUAGCUGUCCCGGACCAUGGGGUCACUGAGCCCCAGCUGGUCCAGUUGUUUUAUCGUGCCAUUCCAGGGGCCCUACGCGGGCAUUUCUUUGACAAGUCUCAGCAGGCCGGCAUCACUUACGAUGCAUUGAGUAGAGAAGUCAUCCUGUAUGAGUCGAAGUCUAUGCCAGUUACCACUUUCUGGCAUAAGGACCUGGAGAAGGGGAAGAAGUGGAAGGAUCAUACCAUCUCAGGCCAAAUCAAGGCCAAGGAUCACUUGAUCCUGACAUUAGAGGAGGGUGGUACAGAAGAGGUCCCAUAUGAUCAGAUUGAGUGGGGCCUAGGGGAGGAGUACAGUAGUGUAGGGCAAGGGAGGUCUUACGCUACUGUCGCGGUCGGAGGGAGGCCGCAAGGUAGAGGAGGAGGCCAGGGCCAAAGGGGCCAGGCCAUGGGAGGCCGAGGACCGGGCGCACAGGGGGUUGGCGGACAGGGAAACCGCCAAGCGGGAGUAGUCUAUCUAGAUGAUAUCCUAGUUUUUAGUAAGACCCUCGAGGAGCACCAGGGUCAUCUGAGGCAGGUCUUGGAGAAGCUACGAGAGGCUAACUUCAAGAUCAAUGCAAAGAAGUGUGAGUGGGCCAAAACACAAGUCUUGUACUUGGGCCACGUGUUGGACGGAGAUGGCAUUAAGCCAGAGGACAGUAAGAUCGCGGCGAUUAGAGAUUGGCCGAUUCCCCACACAUUGACAGAGUUACGGUCGUUCUUAGGCCUAGCUAACUACUACAGGAAGUUCGUAAGGAACUUCUCCACUAUCGCCGCUCCCUUGCGCAGGUUGCUGAAGAAAGAGGCAAUCCGACAAUGGGACAAACACUGUACGUCUGCGCUCAAGAAGUUAAAGCACGCGUUAAUAGAGUAUCCUGUCCUCAAAGUUGCAGAUCCGUCUUUGCCAUUUGUCGUCACCACGGACGCGAGUCAGUAUGGGAUAGGCGCCGUGUUGCAGCAAGAUGACGGCAAUGGCUAUAGACCCGUAGAGUUCAUGUCAGCGAGGAUGCCCUGUGAGAAGGUCGCUACCUCCAUGUAUGAGAGAGAACUCUACGCUCUCAGGCAGGCUUUAGACCAUUGGAAGCACUAUCUACUUGGGAGGCACUUCAAAGUGUAUUCUGACCAUGAGACACUCCGUUGGUUAAAGACACAGGCCAAGAUGACACCUAAGUUGACUAGGUGGGCCGCAGAGAUAGACCAAUUCGACUUUGAGCUCAAGCCAGUGAAGGGCAAAUACAACGUAGUUGCGGAUGCUCUGAGUAGGAGAUCAGACUACUUUGGAGCCGUAGUACACUAUCUGGAUAUAGGGAGAGACCUGCAGGAGAAAAGUGAGGCAAGCAUAUGCGCAAGACCCUAUCUAUAGCGACCUCCUAAAGAGAGUUAGAGAGGCCCCAGAGACCGAACCAGAUUACCGCACUACAGACAGGUUGCUGUUUGAGAAGACUAAUGUGUUUGACCGCCUGUGCGUUCCCAACAACAAAGAGAUCCGCAGUUUGAUUUUAGGGGAAUGCCACGAUACUGAAGGGCAUUUCGGUUGAAAAAGACAUUAGCCAACCUGAUGCGUGCGUAUACCUGGCCAGGGAUGAAGAAUGACUGCAUAAAGUAUGUCCGCAGUUGUAAAGUGUGCCAGAGGAAUAAGUCUACUACACGCGUGCCCCUAGGUC